AGAGCAACCACACGAUUGGAAUAAUGUUCCUGCGAUUUAUAUUCAGAUUUGUUGCUACUUUCUAGCAGAAGGAUGUGUUUACAUUCGAGUUUUCUAUUGUUGGCUACAAGAAAGAAAAAGUAUUAUCUGUGACAAUUACGCUUACAUAAACUUUUAAAUAAUAACAAGAUACUGUAUGUAAUUUUAACAGGCGAAAGAAAGCUAACCUAAUGCACAGGCAAGUGUUGUUCCAACCAUACCGCCACCAGUUAUAAUAAUAUCGUAAUAUUCUUCAUCUUGUAGAUUUGCACACGAAUAUUUCGAUGCAAUUACCGAUGCAUUAGGGAUGACAGAUCUUUUCGGAAUUGAUAGUAAACUUCUACAAUACGAAAACUUGUUUAUCAAAGCCGCCAUUUUUAUGUUUAAUAUUUUGUAUUUUAUGCGACACAUAUGUACAAACAUAAAUCUGCCCCUGCAUAUAUACAUAUGUACAUAUGUACGUUACAUUACUUAAUGCAGUUGCCCAUACAUAUUGUAUAUACCACGGUAUAAAAACAAUACACCGUGGUGCACAUGCAAGAUAAGACUUUCUCUGUUCGUAUGGGGUGAUUUUUGAUCUGGUUAAUUUACAUGUACAUAUGUAGAAUGAAACUGCUGUUUUUUUGUUUCCUUUCUCAUUCGAUGAACUGGAACGCAAACGUAUGGUUUAAACCUGCAUAUGUAUAAUAUGAAUGUACAGGCAAUAAGGGAUUGACGAUGAACUUGAUAUGAAGUGUAAUGCACAAUGGCAGAACAUAGAGGCACAUCGUUUUACAAUUCUUGCGUGAAAGUUCCAGUGGAUCCUUAUAGUAGACAACCAACACCUUCUUACGAACGUCCCAAAGUUGCAAGGAAUUGCAAAGACGACUACCCCGAUAAGGUGAAUAAAAUAAACUUUGCAUCCGGCAAUAGUAUUAUCAGCGAAUCGGAGGUAUCGAGUCCCAGAGAAAUUGUGGACAACUUUAUAGAAUUUUUGGAGAGUAUCCCAGAUUAUGGUCAAGUUCAUCAUUUGUCGAACGAACAGUUUAAGCAAAAAGUAGACUAUUUAAAGAGAAAACAGAAGUUGUUAUUGAAAAAUUUGGAAAAUUCGCUAGCCGAUGACGAAGAGGCAAACGUAGGAAGCUCAUCGAUGUCGAAAUACAAUCAGAAGUCGAAGGCCCAGAAUAAAAAUGGUAUAAACGAUUUAAAACUAGACGGUAAAAAGUGUUAUUUGGAAGAGUUCAGGAUAACCAGUCCUACGCUUCACCUAUCCGAUACAUUCCUUUGCCCUAUGGAAAAUCAAGAUUUUCCAAUAAAUAGCAGACACAAACAAAAGGAUAAAGAAUCUAAAACAAUGUGUAAUGAGAAAAUACAUUUGGCCGACAAUAGUUGGAAAUUGUGGAGCGAAUCGUACAGUAAAGAUGAAUUAGAAAGCGACAUGGAUAGCAUAGAAACAAGAAGCUUGCCAGCUAGUAACUCUAAAGAAUGGCAUCCUACCAUACCUAAACCGUUUAGCUUUACUUUAAGAGAAGAAGCAGAAAAGUACAUGGAACAAGUUGAAACAAGUGACAUGCGACCCAAAGAUUUAGGGAAUGUUAAUAAAAGUCCUUGUAGAAAACGUCGCAUAAGACCAAUUCCGCUUACAUCUAAAAUUCCGCUUUACGACAAGUUAUUAGCGGAAAAGGAAGAACGAAGUCGUAUAAUUCGCGAAGAGAGUGCUUUAAAUUUAAUGUCCCAGAUGCGACCGUUUCGGUUGGAAUGCGACCGUCGAGCUCGGAGAUUUUUGGUACGAUCUAGCCCAGAAAUUCGUAGCAAAAACGUGAACGCGUGUAGAAAAUUCAAAGCUAAACCCGUGCCGAAAAAUCUGUUCAGUACCGAUAUAUACGAUCGUAUGCUCGAGGACGAAUAUUACAGGGAUCUGCAGAAAAAAGUGAGAGCGGCAGAAUUAAUGAAGUCUUCUUGCUUGCCGCCGUCGAUGGCGAGACGAGAACGCGUCAGGUCCGCGUGCACGCAUUUCAAAGGCGCAAAGGAAAGUUGCAACGAGAAUUUUGGAAGUAGGAAUUCCGUCGAAUCGUCCAAUGUUACGUCAUCGCCGUUAGAACGAUGUAGAUCCGCGAUGUCGCUUUUGCCGCAACGAGGAAAUAAUUUGGCAGCGAUCUUGAGGUGUCAAGUGUCACGAGAAAAAUUGGAGCGUGAAAUCAAAGAGAAAAUGGAGGAGAAACGUCGAGAACAGGAAAUGAGAAUGAGAGAAUCGUUGAUCGGGCGGGAUCCCGCGUGGAGAGCUUUGAGGGCCGCGGCAAGGCACGACCAUCGGAGGGACCUUAACAUUCGGACUUCGUUACGUCGCGACGAAGCACGCGAACAAGCGGAACGUCAUCGUCUGCAGAUGGAAAUGAUGCUGGAUCGCGUGACUCUGAUACCGACGCUUUUCGAACGCCACUCUCAGACUUAUCAAGCACCGAUGAAAACACCGCAAAAGGGCGGUUCGAAGUUACUGCAACGAAAAGAGAAAAGGAAGCAACAGAGGCAACAAUCGCGCGUAGUUGGCGUAAAUUCGUACAUCGCGUACGAUAAUAUUUGCGGAAGACCGGACUCUGGGUCGAUCACCAGUUCCUCCGGAACGUUAUUGUCGACUAGCCAAUCGUCAAAGUCGUCGGACGCGUUCGCGUCGCACGCUUCCGACAAAUCGGCGACAAAGUCUCCGUGUUCGCUCUCGAAGAAGAGAGGAGAUCGCGGCCAAUUAAAAGUGUCUAUAAACGAGACGGCGGAGCUGAUCGACGAUCGAAACGAGAACGACCGGUUACGCGACGAUCAACGAUCGUUCAGCGAGGAACGCGACGAGAACGCGUCGCAAACCGAUACCGAGAGCAACGUAAAUUCCAAUCGAUGCUGAUACGCGAUCAUCGUACACGCGUAACGCGUUCCUCGGUGAUUUCGCACGACAUCGAUACACCCAUCUCCGAACGCACCGAUACAUCUCGGCUGCGAACAACAGUGUGCGCGUUCAUACAAUAAAACGAAUAUUCAAUCGA